UCCUAUAGAAAUUCUCUGUGAGCUACACUUUCAACCAAACCUAUACUCAACACUCAAUUGUAUUGUCUGUGUAUAUCUUCCUGUCUAAUCAAAAAUAUAUAUUGCAUACCGCUAAAAUAUUUAGAUUCGUUUGAUGUUUGUUGAAUUAAUUGUGCAGAUACCAUUAUCUUCAUAUGAGAAGAUUCAUCAAGUUAAAUAUUGUUUAACAUUUAUACAUAGUAGUUGAAUUCUAAUUUUGUGUGACAGAUAUAUAUCUGUAAGAAAAGAGGAGAGACGUGAUAAUCAAAAUGGUAAAAAUAGCAAUGCAAAUUACGUGUAGACUCGACAAUGUUGAGGAACUGAAGCCUUGCGGGCCCGAAUUUAGAUGGUAUCUGAAAUUUACUUGCUGCAAUUGCGGACAGAAGUCAGAUAAAUGGAAUUACGCAUCCUUGGAUGAAUCCACACCGGUUACACGUGGAAGCGGUGUUAAUCACUUUGUGAGCAAGUGCAAGCUCUGCUGCCGAGAGAACUCUAUGGCAAUAAUAGAGGAUUCAAUCAAGUCAUUUACAGCAGAUGAUCAGGGACAAUUUAAAACUAUCGUCGUAUUCGAUUGUCGAGGAAUAGAACCCUCUGACUUUUCAGCGAGAGAAGGAUGGAUAGCCAAGGCUAUAAAUGGAGGCAAAGAGUUUACUGAUGUGGAUCUUAGCGAAGGCGAAUGGGAAGACUACUGUGACAAAAUCAUGGAACCCGUUGGGAUAUAUGAGAUCAAGCAUAAGUUUGAACGGAUUAAAUAGAUUGUAUAUUUUUUGACAUGCGCAUUUUUUUUACUUAUGAAUUUUGUGACAAUUGACAGCGUUUUGGAUUUAUCAAAGUGACAAAACUAUGUUCGUCACAUGUAAAUAUGUAUGUAUAAAGCACAUACAUGCGUACACACAUAUAAUUUCUAUACUUUUUAUAAUAUUUUUGUGCAAAUUAUUAAUAUAUUCUAAUGUUAUACAUGAAACAAUAUGUAUACAAAUUUACACUUAUUAAGCUUCGUUCAAGCUUAAUUAUGUGAAGUUGAUCUUUAAGUUAUACAUAGAGCUACAUAUCUGCAACAUUUGUAGAUAAGCUUAUGCCUGUACCUGUAAUUAAUGAUAAACAUGUUAGAAAAUUAUCAUAAACUCAGAUUGAUCACAAAUAAUACACUUUCAACCAAUUAUA